CGUCCCUUUCUACGCCCGACGAUAUCAUCCAUCUCACCCGUCGUCACCGCCUCGGCUCACAGCUUCUCUUCUCCCAGAAACGGAGAAGAGGGGGAGGAGGCGAGCAGAAGGCUCAAGGAGGGAGACGAUGAGGGUGAUGAGCCAUCUCCUCCUCCAUGGCGGUGUGCUCCUGCUGCUUCUUGCAGCGGCGGCUGUUCAGGCUCAGCGGGUAGCAACCAAGACUGAUCCGACUGAAGCGGCGGCGCUGAACGCGGUGUUCGCGAAGCUCGGGCAGCAGGCGUCGUUGUCGACGGCGACAUGGAACAUCAGCGGCGACCCCUGCACCGGCGCCGCCACGGACGGCACCCCUAUCGACGACAACCCCAACUUCAACCCGGCCAUCAAGUGCGACUGCACCUUCCAGAACAACACCGUCUGCCGGAUCACCAAGCUGAAAAUAUAUGCCUUAGAUGUGCCUGGCACGAUACCACAAGAGCUGCGGAACCUCACGCGCUUGACCCAUCUGAAUUUAGGGCAAAAUACAUUAACAGGGCCUUUGCCAUCAUUCAUUGGGGAGUUGACUAAUAUGCAGAACAUGACAUUUCGCAUCAAUUCAUUAUCUGGACCUAUUCCAAAGGAGCUCGGUAACCUUACGAAUCUUGUAUCACUGGGUUUAGGCUCAAACAGGUUUAAUGGCUCCCUUCCUUCAGAACUGGGGAACCUGGACAAGCUUCAGGAAUUGUACAUUGACAGUGCUGGCUUAAGUGGUCCACUACCAUCAUCAUUUUCCAAGCUUACAAGAAUGCAAACAUUGUGGGCAUCAGAUAAUGAUUUUACUGGACAAAUACCAGAUUAUAUCGGGAACUGGAAUUUGACAGACCUGCGGUUUCAAGGCAAUUCUUUUCAAGGUCCAAUUCCUUCUGCUCUUUCUAAUCUUGUCCAACUAUCAAGCUUACGAAUCGGUGAUAUUGAAAACGGAAGCUCUUCUUCACUGGCAUUCAUCGGUAACAUGACAUCGUUGAGCAUCCUGAUUUUGAGGAACUGUAAGAUAUCUGAUAAUCUUGCAUCAAUAGACUUUUCGAAGUUUGCAAGUUUAAACUUACUGGAUUUGAGUUUUAACAAUAUCACUGGUCAAGUACCAACAGCCCUGUUGGGUCUGAAUUUGCUGAACUCCUUAUUUCUUGGGAAUAAUAGUCUUUCAGGAAGCCUUCCAAGCUCAAAAGGACCUUCACUUUCAACUUUAGAUUUUUCUUACAACCAGCUCUCAGGAAAUUUUCCUCCAUGGGCUAGUGGGAAAAAUUUACAAUUGAAUUUGGUGGCAAACAAUUUCGUGAUUGAUAGCUCCAAUAACAGUAUCUUACCUUCAGGGCUUGCAUGCCUUCAAAGAAAUACGCCAUGUUUUCUUGGUUCUCCACAGUCUUCCUCCUUUGCUGUGGACUGUGGUAGCAAUAGACUCAUAUCAGCCUCAGAUAAUUUGAGGUAUCAAACUGAUGAUGCCAGCCUUGGACCUGCAUCAUAUUCUGUCACAGGAGCACCAACCUGGGGUGUUAGCAAUGUUGGAAAGUUUGUGGAUGCACCAAAUGGAAGUUACAUAAUCUACAGCUCGCGCCAGUUUCAGAACACCCUAGAUUCAGAACUGUUCCAGACUUCAAGGAUGUCACCAUCAUCUUUAAGAUACUAUGGUAUUGGACUUGAGAAUGGAAACUAUACAGUCACUCUUCAAUUUGCUGAGUUUGGGAUCGAAGACACGCAGACUUGGAAGAGCCUAGGGAGAAGGGUUUUUGAUAUAUAUCUCCAGGGUGAACGUCAGGAGAAGAACUUUGACAUCAGGAAGGCAGCAGGCGAUAAAUCUUACACUGUUGUUAAGAAGUCAUAUAAAGUUCCUGUGACCAAAAACUUCCUUGAGAUUCAUCUCUUCUGGGCUGGCAAGGGCACUUGCUGCAUUCCUGGUCAAGGCUACUAUGGGCCCACUAUCUCGGCUUUGAGUGUAACCCCUGCAGAUUUCACCCCCACGGUGGGUAUCGUGGCAGAACAAAACAAGAGUACUAGUAAAACAGGUGUUAUUGUUGGCGUUGUGGUUGGUGUGGCAGUUUUAGGUUUGGUAGCACUUGUUGGAAUUUUUAUGUGGAGACAGAAAAGGAGAAAACUGACACUGGAGCAACAAGAGCUAUACAGUAUUGUUGGAAGACCUAAUGUAUUCAGUUAUAGUGAACUAAGGUCUGCAACUGAAAAUUUUAGUUCCAGCAACCGUCUUGGUGAAGGAGGAUAUGGGGCAGUUUAUAAGGGUAAGUUAAAUGAUGGAAGGGUAGUGGCAGUGAAGCAGCUAUCUCAAACAUCUCAUCAAGGAAAAAAGCAAUUUGCAACGGAAAUAGAAACUAUAUCCCGAGUGCAACACCGUAAUCUUGUGAAGUUAUAUGGUUGCUGCCUUGAAGGCAAUAAUCCACUGCUGGUUUAUGAGUACAUGGAAAAUGGAAGCCUUGAUAAAGCACUCUUUGGAAUUGAGAAAUUGAACAUAGAUUGGCCAGCACGUUUUGACAUAUGCUUAGGCAUUGCAAGAGGUCUGGCUUAUCUUCAUGAAGAGUCCAGCAUCCGUGUCGUGCACAGGGACAUCAAGGCCAGCAAUGUCUUACUUGACGCCAAUCUCAAUCCUAAGAUCUCAGAUUUUGGGCUAGCCAAACUUUAUGAUGACAAGAAGACGCAUGUCAGCACGAAAGUUGCUGGUACAUUCGGUUAUCUUGCACCUGAGUAUGCCAUGAGAGGUCAUAUGACUGAGAAAGUUGAUGUCUUUGCAUUUGGCGUGGUCUUAUUGGAGACUUUAGCUGGACGGCCGAACUACGAUGAUACACUUGAAGAAGAUAAGAUUUACAUUUUCGAAUGGGCCUGGGAGCUGUACGAGAACAACAACCCUCUGGGCAUUGUAGACCCAAAUCUCAGAGAAUUCAACAGGGCGGAGGUGCUCCGGGCCAUCCACGUCGCCCUCCUCUGCACCCAGGGCUCACCUCACCAGCGGCCGCCCAUGUCGAGGGUCGUGUCAAUGCUCACCGGCGACACCGAGGUCACCGAUGUGUUGAUGAAGCCGAGCUACAUCACCGAGUGGCAGAUCAAGGGCGGCAACACCAGCUUCGCCAACAGCGCCGUCCGCGGGCAGUCGAGCUCGGCGCCAGGAUCGACGUCGCAGCAAGCCUCGUCGGUGUUCUUGAACUCCAUCAUCCAGGAAGGCCGGUGAUUUUCACGCCGGUGCUUGAUCGGAUCAACUUUUCCUCAAGUGGCAGAUGAUAAUCUCGUCUUGUGGAGCUGUGAUUGUGAAUACACGUUGCGAAGGGCAAAUGGUGUCAAGACUGUCAGUUUUGCAGUGCAGGUCGUCGUCUCGUUUUUCUUUUUUUUUUCUUUACAGUUUGCCGGUUGCGUUUUUAAAAAUUAUGUUCAGUUUGUUUCAUACCUGUACAGUGUAAGUUUGAGUAUAUAUAUUUUUGAUCGAAUAGCUUAUGUGCUUUGCCCUAUUUGAAUGUGAAUAAGAUUUUGGGCCUUUUACUGUGGUUCA